AAGUAACCCAACAAGGGAUAACCAAAAUCAUGUCUCCUCCGCCUAUAUGCCCCGCUCAACCUCUCCCGCCAACAUCUCAUGCCAGUUUCCUUUUCCGCUACCGGAAAGUUCCACCCCCGGCGUGUAUUAGCAAUACCGGUGAACGGAUACGAACGCUAUGCGUAACUUCGCCUGCUGAUGAAAGAAGUAGGAAAACUACACGACCGAGCUCAGACGACUACCACGCUACCCUCAGAGCUCUCAACUCUAAAGGUCGUUUCCCCAGAAAAUCCCUCGGCCAGCAUUACAUGUUGAACUCUGAUAUCAACGAGCAGCUGGCCAGAGCGGCUGGUGUUAAAGAAGGCGACCUGGUGUUGGAAAUUGGGCCAGGAACGGGUUCUUUGACUAAUGUUCUUUUAAACGCUGGUGCAUUUGUGCUUGCUGUUGAAAAGGAUAAACACAUGGCUGAUCUCGUGAGUAAAAGGUUUGCGGGCACAGAAAAGUUGAAGGUUUUGACAGAGGAUGCUGUUAAAUGCCAUGUCCGCUCUCAUAUACUGUCAUUGUUUGGCAGCAUAAGGCAAAUGGAUCCAGAAACCAGACAUGCAAAAGUGGUUUCCAACCUUCCCUUUAAUGUAAGUACAGACGUGAUCAAGCUGCUUCUUCCAAUGGGUGAUAUCAUCUCAGAACUGGUUCUAUUACUCCAAGAGGAGACAGCUUUGCGCUUGGUAGAAUCAUCUCUGAGGACCUCUGAGUAUCGCCCCAUCAAUAUUUUUGUUAACUUCUACUCAGGCCCAGAAUACAAAUUGAAAGUCCCCAGGACAAAUUUUUUUCCCCAGCCAAAUGUUGACGCAGCCAUUGUCACAUUCAAGCUGAAGCAAGCAAGAGAAUAUCCCCAAGUUUCUUCCACCAAAAGCUUCUUCUCAAUGGUUAACUCAGCAUUCAAUGGGAAACGCAAAAUGCUGCGGAAAUCGCUUCAGCACAUAUGUACGUCCACAGAGAUCGAAGAAGCUUUGAAAAGGAUGGAUCUUCCAACAACUUCAAGACCUGAAGAACUCGCACUGGGUGAUUUUGUGAAGUUGCAUGACUUGAUUGUAAAAGGAUAGCAUUCUAGAUUUGCUUUUAAGAACCUUGCAGAAGGCCUAAGAGUUUCAUAUAUAAGUAAGGCCUCUUCUCAUCCACAAAGAUGUGCAGGUUUGUGCCCAUGAACUUGUGUAAACCGUAGACUCUUCUUGGUUUUCACCUCUAGACUACACUACAUAUAGUGGCUUAAUAAGGGCUACUUUGUUGCAACAUAUUUUAAAGUUGAAACCGGGUAGUGAACUGUGAGACAGAGCGCAAUGACAUCUCCAGUUCAGGGAUGAAUAAGAAAAUUAGAUAAGGAACCCUUUUUUUUUUUGAAGUAUAAUAGUGGCAUGCUCACAGCUGAAGCAGAAAUGCAGUUUCAAACCAUAUAUCUAAUCGUAUUCUUUUUUGUCA